UCCUGACCACAUGGGGCGAUGCUGAGCUCCACGCCGUGAACUUUGUUCUAGUAGGAAAUGGGCGUGUUUGUUCAGUGUGUUAAAUCCUUGGAGUUGUUCUUCAGCAAGAAAACGACAUGGACUGAAGUUUGACUGGAGUACACUCCAUCUGAGCCACAGGGCUGCUCUUCUAUACCUCAGGGAACAAACGCAGAGAUGGAGGAUUUCUGGGCAGGGGCCUUUUGGGUGCUGAAGAUUUGGCUGUACCUCAUAAUCAGCCUCAUCAUGGUCCCAGCCAUGUUUGGAUUCUCGCUGGGCAUCUCGGAGACCUACAUGACCAUCCUGGUCAAAACUUUAGAGUGGGCCACGCUGAAGAUGCAGCGAGCACAUGCAGAUAAAAAAACACUAAAAGCUUCUUCAUCUAAUGGACUCAUUCAGAGAGAAGAUGGUUCUAUGGAGAAAGAGUUAGAAGAACUUAGACGCAGUCGCCCCAAACCACCAGUGGGUGGUGAUUUCACACUCAGUGACUGUUUCUAUUUCAGCCGACGAGGAAUUGAGAGCAUUGUAGAGGAUGAGGUAACCCAGCGGUUCACAUCUGAAGAGCUGGUGUCCUGGAACUUACUGACUCGCACCAACAACCAUUUCCAGUACAUAAGUCUGAGGCUGACACUGGUCUACAGUCUUGGUAUCUUUGUUAGAUACUGCAUCCUUGCUCCACUCAGGAUAACACUGGCCUGCAUUGGCCUGAGCUGGUUGGUGAUAGGAACGUCUGCUGUUGGAUUACUGCCAAACUGGAGGAUAAAGUCGUGGCUCAGUGAGUGGGUCCAUGUUAUAUGCUACAGAAUCUGUGCCCGAGGACUCUCUGCUGCUAUUCGCUAUCACAACAGGGAAAACAAGCCCAAGAAAGGCGGAAUCUGUGUCGCCAAUCACACCAGUCCUAUCGACAUCAUGAUUCUCUGCAACGAUGGUGGUUAUGCAAUGGUGGGGCAGGUCCACGGAGGUCUGAUGGGAGUUAUUCAGAGAGCCAUGGUGAGGUCUUGUCCCCACAUCUGGUUUGAGAGAGCAGAGAUGAAAGAUCGACACCUAGUGACCAAAAGGUUGACGGAUCAUGUGAAUGACAAGACAAAGCUUCCCAUAUUGAUAUUUCCAGAGGGAACCUGCAUCAACAACACAUCUGUCAUGAUGUUUAAAAAGGGAAGUUUUGAAAUCGGGGCAACAAUAUAUCCAGUAGCCAUUAAGUAUGACCCAAAGUUUGGAGAUGCUUUCUGGAACAGUUCAAAGUACAGCAUGGUCAGUUAUUUGCUGAGGAUGAUGACUAGCUGGGCCCUCGUCUGCAACGUCUGGUACCUGCCGGCCAUGCACCAGCAGGAAGGGGAAGAUGCUGUCCAGUUUGCCAACAGAGUGAAGUCGGCCAUCGCUCACCAGGGAGGACUAAUAGAUCUACAGUGGGACGGAGGCCUGAAGAGAGCGAAGGUGAAGGAAACGUUUAAGGAGCAGGAGCAGAAGAAGUACAGCAGCAUGGUGGUGGGAGACGACAGCAGCAGCAACAGUGAUGGUUAAUAUAAUGGACAACCCCCUUUUUUUGUUAUUGGAAAAACAUAUACGGGGAAAGGCCACUCUCCUCCAGUGUUUUCUCACCAACUUGACCUGUCAGGGGAAGCAGUAUGACAAACUAGACACUGUGAAAACUCUGAUACAGCUGAAAAGAGGCGAGUCUCAGUGACAGACAGACGGCACAAGUGCAAUAUUGAACUUUAUGAGGAGAAAAUUGACCGUGAAAAGGGAAAGCUCUGCAUUUUUACUUCUCCUUCAGAUGCCUGCUGUUUUGAUUGAAUGUUAAUGCUGAAAAAUGCUCAGAAUGAAAUGUGUGAUUGUAGACAAGCCACUGGUUGGACAAACUGGAUUCAUGACUGCCUAUACUUUUACAGCUAGUUGGCCUGUUCAUGUUCUAUUCAUUGUUCAGUUUUUGUCAAAAAAUAAAUUUUAGUUUACAAAUUGAAAA